GUGAAUUCUCAUAUUUUCAAAAAUAGAGCAGAUUUCACCCGGAGACUGCUGUUAAACUAACACACUAGAUCUAAAGACUUCGGGUUCUGCUCGCACAAAGUUAAACAUUGUCAACCGCAAAACUAAUUUCUUUUUGCGCAUACUUGUUUUUUGAAGUCUGCUCCGAAAAUACACUAGUAAAAAUCUAUCCCAUAGUCACUGUCAUGCCACUUAAAAACCGUGGCUAUUGGAAAAUAGCCACGACCCCGCCACGUAAAAGCCACGAGACGUAAAAAGCUACGAUAAAAUUAAAAAUGCCACGAUAAAGUCACGAAAAAAAGCGUGGGAAGUAAAAGCCACGGAAACGCUACGAAAUUUUCGUGGCUGUAUGAAUAAGCCACGAAUAUGCCACUAAUAAAACGUGGCACCAAUUUGUUUUUUUGUGCCGACAUCAAAAAGGAAGUGUUACGUCCAAUCGUUUGACGAAAUGGGAUAGAGCCACCGUUGUUUCAUGGCUGUUUCGUGGCUAGGCAUGAUAUUUUAAGGGAGCCACGAAUAUUUCGUGGCAUUGUCGUGGCUAUUCGUUUCAUAUAUACGCUUCAUAACCGUGGCAUUUAGAACUUUUGUUCUUCUCUCAAAUUUUCAGAACAAAAUGUCUUUCUACUUUCAAUCUAGAGAAUGGAUGGAUCAAAGAAUUGAUCCUGAGAGUAAUCAGGUUUCUGAAAUAUUUCUUGGAGGUGUUGAUGCAUUUAUUCAAUUUGCGUGUAAUCAAGAAGAUUACAAAGAAAGAGAAACUUUGUUGUGUCCGUGUGCUCGAUGCAAAAAUGUGAAGCAACGUGAAGCAAGAGUUGUCGCACGACAUCUAUUCUUGUACGGUUUCAAGGGAAAUUAUUAUUUUUGGACGAGUCAUGGAGAGAAAUUCAACGAUGUUGGUGAGAGUUCCGGGGCGAAUCAUUCGACGGGUGAAGAAGAAAUGUUAGAGACUCCUAUUUGGAAUGCUUAUGAAGAUCACCAGCAGAAUAUUCCAGAGGUACCCGCAGACAUUGCGCCAGCUUACAUGCCGGAAGCUAUAGAAGAGACAGACAUAGCACAACCCUAUCAUGAUAGUGUUUUUGAAGCAUUUGAAGCAGCGACUCAACCUCUCUACGAAGGAUGUGCAGAAGGAAUUUCUCAGUUGUCUCUUGCUUCGCGGAUGAUGAAAGUGAAGACAUAUUAUAAUCUACCAGAAGCUUGUGUAGAUGAGAUAUCUGAAGUAUUUAAAAACAUACUUCCGCAGCCAAAUAAAGCUCCAGCAACAUAUUACGAGACAAAGAAACUGACACGGUCGCUUGGGUUACCCUUACAGAAGAUUGACGUAUGUGUGAAGAACUGUAUGUUAUUUUGGAAGGGAGACGAUGCGAAGUUGGUCAGUUGUCGGUUUUGUGGAGAAGAUCGCUACUACCCAAAGAACGGAAAAGGUAAAAACAAACUGAAACAGAGAAUGUUUUACCUCCCAAUAGCAGAUCGUCUGAAACGUCUAUACCAACUUGAGGCGACAGCUUCCAAUAUGCGGUGGCAUAAGGAACAUGUAACUCCGGAAGGAGAGAUACAUCAUCCAUCUGAUGCCAUAGCGUGGAAACACUUCAGUGAGUUAUAUCCUGGAUUUGCUGCUGAAAGCCGGAACAUUUAUCUAUGCUUAUCAACGGAUGGGUUUAAUCCGAUUGGUAUGAAUGGCGAAGCACAUUCCCUUUGGCCAGUUAUUGUAACUCCAUACAAUUUGCCUCCGGGAAUGUGUAUGAAAAGAGAAUUCUUAUACCUUUCGAUGCUAAUUCCCGGACCCAAACAUCCAAGAAAAAGCUUAGACAUUUACCUUCAGCCGCUGAUUGAAGAGUUACAGAGUUUAUGGAAAGAUGGUGUGGAGGCAUAUGAUAUUUCAAGGAAAGAAAGAUUCAUAAUGCGAGCAGUGUUGAUGUGGACGAUAAGCGAUUUUCCAGCGUAUGGGAUGCUUUCAGGUUGGACGACACAUGGUCGGCUAUCGUGUCCAUAUUGUCAAGAUGAGACAGGUGCGUUCUGGUUACGUAAUGGACGGAAACAUAGUUGGUUUGAUUGCCACAGAAGGUUUUUAGAUGAAGAUCAUCCUUACAGGAGAAACACUCAAGCAUUUACACGGGGAAAAACAGUUGUGGAUCCUCCUCCACCAUGGUUGACCGGAGAAGAAAUAUUGCGUGAGAGGAUAAAUAAUAUAAAAGGUUUAUCAAAGUCCGUUGAAUGUGGAGGGAAUGGACAUGAUAAUCCAUCCAAGACAAUAUCUGAAUACGGAGUUACUCACAAUUGGGUUAAGAAGAGUAUUUUCUGGGAGUUACCGUAUUGGGAAACUCAUCUUCUUCGGCAUAACCUUGAUUUCAUGCACAUUGAGAAAAACUUCUUCGAUAACCUCACGAACACAUUGUUAAAUGCUCCUGGAAAGACAAAAGACAACGUCAAAAGCAGAUUGGAUCUUCCAGGUCUAUGCAAAAGGCGUGAUUUAGAGAUGAAAGAGGAUGGAACGAUGCCCGUGCCAAUAUUCAGGCUGUCAAAUGCGGCUAAGCGAGAAUUCCUUAUGUGGAUGAAAAAUGAUAUAAAAUUCCCCGAUGGAUAUUCCUCCAAAUUUAGUCGAUGUAUUGACGAAAGCAAUUUAAAGCUACAUGGACUGAAAAGUCAUGAUUGUCAUGUCAUUAUGCAACGACUCUAUCCAUUUGCAUUCGCGGAACUUCUUCCAAAAAAUGUUCAUACGGCAAUUAGAGGUAUUUAUUUUUUAUGUUAUCUUAAUAAUUACUAUGAUUGAUGUUAUAACUUUAAUGUUUUGUUUACAGAUAUUGCCCUCUUUUUCCGAGAUAUCUCUUCGAGGAUUUUGAAAGAAUCAGAUAUUGGUCUUUUAAAGGCAAAUAUCGGUGUGAAGCUUUGUAACUUGGAAAAGAUUUUUCCUCCAUCGUUCUUCGAUGUUAUGCAACAUCUUCUUGUGCACCUUCCAGAUGAGGUAGCCUUAGGUGGGCCCGUCCAUUUUAGGUGGAUGUAUGUAUUUGAAAGAUACAUGUACCAUUUGAAGAAGAUGGUCAGAAACAAAGCACGCAUUGCGGGUUCGAUAGUUGCACAAUGGAUAAACGAGGAGAUUUCAAGAGCAUCCUCAAAUUAUUUUGGUCAUCCUGAGAUCAUGAGCAUUCCAGAAGGUCCAAAUGAUAUUCGUUUCUCAUACAAUUAUCCGGAUGUACCACCUUUGUUUUACCACGAAGGGAGAAUCAGUGGUCAAUGCUCAACUGGUUGGUUAAAUGAUAAAGAUAACACCGUUCUUCAGACAUUUAUGAUGCUCAACUGUGAAACAUUUGCUCCAUAUGAAAGGUACCUUAAUAUUAUGAAAAUAUAAUAUAAAUACAUAUUUCUAGUUACAUAAUUAAUAUAUUAAAUGUGUGCAGGAUGUUUGAAGAAUAUAUGACACGGAGUAUUCCUGAUAUUACUCCAGUUGCAAUGCAAAAAGCGAAAGACACCAACUUUGCAGAGUGGUGCAAAGACUAUGUGAGUUUUUGUUUUAAUAUUAUCAAGUUCCACAAUUUAUUUAUUUUAUGAUGUAAUUUAUAACAAUGUUAUUCUAUUGCAGAUUAACGAUGCGACUCAGUUUUACACAUUUCCUAUGUGGAUGUUGGAUUUUGUACAAGGUCCUAGGCGCAAUUAUAGGUCUUGGCCAAUAUAUCACACCCGAGGAUACACUUUCCACACACAUAACCACGGUCAAAAUAGAAAAACUCAACAUUAUGGUGUUUAGAAAAACUCAAUAUUAUGGUGUUUGUGUUCCUGGAACCAAUGAAACAGACUACUAUGGCCUCAUACAGGAGAUUAUGAUGGUGGAAUAUCAUGGUGAUGUUGGCUUGAAGGUCAUGAUUUUUAAAUGUUCGUGGUUUGACACCACGGAAAAUCGCGGUAUGAGAAUACAUCCAUCUGGUCUUGUUGAUGUCUCACCACGAAGACAAUAUGCAAAAUAUGAUCCUUUUGUAUUACCUGGUAAGUGAAAUAUAUAUGUGCUUGAGAUUUAAUGUUUGAUGAAAGGCCAUAAUUUUAAACUUAGAUGUUAUUGUAUCAUGACCAGGUAAUUGUGAUCAAGCAUGUUUUAUUUCUUAUCCACGGGUACGUCGACAUUCUGCCGAUGAUUGGUGGGCAUGCGCAAAAAUUAUUCCUCGAGGAAUCCGAGAAACGUCCGAAAUUGCUUUAACUGCGUGGCAGGAUGAUAGACGUGACCAAGUUGCAGAAAGUUCAUUGUUACGGGUGGAAACACAUGUUGUUGACGAUGUUUCUGAUUAUGAUCUUGCCCCGGUGAAUCCUCCAAACGAUGAAUAUGUAUCAGAUGUUGAGGUACAAUCAGACUGUGAUUCAGAGUAGUCAAAUAUAUGCUUAAGGUUGUAAAAUAUGUUAUAAGGUUUGUAAAAUAUGUUGUAAGGUUGUAAAAUAUGUUAUAAGGUUUGUAAAAUAUGUUGUGAGAUUGUUUGAAAAAUUAUAUUAGGUAAAAUAUAUGAAUGUAUGAAGGGUUUGAAUUGUAGUUGUUGUAUGGGUAUAAGGUUUGAUGGAAAAGAGUUUGGGUUUUAGGGAUUGUGCUUUAGGGGUUGGGUGUUUGUGGUUACGCGUUUUUAGAUACAGCCAUGGUUUAUUAGUGGCUGUUUCGUGGCUAUAAGGAAAAUAGAGAAAACCAAUUGGUUUGGCUCGAAUUUUUUUUGGUUUCCAGCGAGAUAUUACAUAUUGCCACUGUAACUGCGUGGCUAAAUCGUGGCUAGUCCAAAAUUUUGGUAAACGUACCAAUUGGAUUGGCUCCAAUUGAUUUGGUUUUGGCUCCAAUUGUUUUUAAUUUCGCGGUUCAUUGCCACGGUUUAGCCACUGAUAUUUCGUGGCUGUAGAAAAGGGUUUAAUAAUUCAGUUUUCUUCUUUCUUCUCAACACUUAGAGAAAAAAAGACAAACUCUCUCUCCCGACUCGCGACGGAAUGGUUCUUCUCCUCUCCGUUUCUUGUGUCGCCGUCUCCGGUUCAAUCUCGCCGUCUCCGAUUCAAUUCGCCGUCUCCGAUUCCAUCUCCCACCUCUCAUGAUGAACUCAACAAGAGCACCUGGAACACAAGCUGCGUCUCCUCCUAUGCCUCCGGGUGCUACUGGACCCGCUGUUUACCAUGCUGGGUCUCCUCCUAUGCCUCCUGGUGCUACUGGAGCCGCUCCAAACCAUGUUGGGUCUCCUUCUAUGCCUCCUGGUGCUACUGGAGCCGCUCCAAACCAUGCUGCUUCCUCAUCUCGUUCCAACAGCUACCCGCAGAUGACCCUUAAUGCGAUGCUCAACUCACCUGCUAGGCUCUCACAGCCACAUCUCCAUCCUGAUAAGCUGAAUGGAGCUUUAUGGUAAGAUCACUUCCUCAUCUUUGAAUGUUCUGUUAUUUGAAUUGGGUCUUUGAUUGGUUAGGAUUGUUUCUGUUAGGAUUGUUUUGUGAAAUUUUAGGUAGGAUUUUGUCAUAGUCUUGUUUCAGUUACUGAUGUUUGUUAUCAUCUUAGGUUUGGUAUUGACCCAUGUAUCCAUGCUUUCAUCCGUGCAACUUGGCAAGAAUACUACAUGGAUCCUUGGAAGAGUUGGAAUAAGGUGCCUGAGGAAAGGAAGGAUUCCUGGUGGCAAACGUUUGUGGUAAUCAAAAAUUUCAUUUUUUUUUAAAUCUCUUACUGUUAUUAUUUCCUAUUUCUAAACCUCUUACUGUUUUGUUUUUUGUUGUAGCAAAAUUUCUACUGGGAGUCUCAAUUUAAUGAUUUGGUCUACGGUCUGUGGAAGAAGGAAACGAUGACAUCUGUUGGUAAAAGGAUUAGCAAGAAGAAGAGGCAACACAAGAAGCCAAAGUACAUCAAUGAUAGCGACUGGACACUGCUUCUGGAGUAUUGGGCGACUGAUGAAGCUAAAAAGAAAAGCAAGAAGGCUGCUAAAAGCCGCAAGGCUGAUCCUGUGGGUAAAGGGUGCCACAAGCAUAAUGCAGGCCCUAGGUGUUUUGCAAGGAUAGCGUAUAACAUGGUAUCUUCCAUGUCUGUACUAUAAUCUGUCUUUCUAAUCUGUCUUCCUAAUUUCUUUUUUUUUUGCAGACGCAAGCCUCUGGUGAACCACCAUCCUACACUGCCCUUGUCAGGGAGACACACUCCCGACCAGAUGGGACUUUUGUGGACUAUCGGGCUGAAGAACUGGUAACUCAGGCCGAGAUGGAAGCCACACAGCUCUCUAACACUGAAGGAUCACCAGGGAGUCCAAGUGCAUCAUCUGCUCCUUCUCGCCUCAUGUUAAACAAGGCUUAUCUGAAGGUAUGAUAGCUUAACAUUUUUAUUCUCAGACACUUUUAAUCUUCUGUUCUGUUUUGACAAUUGCAUUACAUGUGUUACCUGAGUUGAUCAAAUAGCCUUAUGUUAGUUUCUGUUUGGUCUUGCUUGGUUUUGAAUAUUUUUCCAUUUCUCUUGAUAGAAUGCUAAGAGUAGGAGGGGAUAUGUUUACGGACUGGGCAGUGAACAAUUCAGGGAGCAUGCGCCUUCUUCACGGGUCCCCAAUGGUAUUACCUGCAACCUGGACCUGGAGAUGCGUGUGGGCGGUCUUGAGACAACCCUCCAAAGUGUCACUUCUGAUGUUGCUGGGGUGAAACAGGACGUCUCAGACAUGAGACAGGACUUUGCAACAACAAGGGAAGCAAUCAAUCAGCUCCUCCAAACACUUAGGCCCCCGCAAGCACCUACUGGACAGACUUCUGAUCAUCAGGCUCAAGCACCAACUGGUCAGCCUAAUCCUCCCAAUGGCAUUUAGAAGUUGGUACUUUAUCUUAUAACCUCUUUUGUAACAAGGUCUUUUGAUACUCUUCUUAGACUCAAAACUUUUAACCUUGUCUUAUGUAACUUUUUAUGAAUGUUGAACCUUGACUAUCUUGUAUAUUAUGCUCUGUGUUUAUUGAAUGUGCAAUUUUAAUAAUUUGAAUGAAUCUCUAAUAUGAAAAUUGGCUAAUUAAAUCUCUAAUUUAGAAUGUUUUUCAAAACAGUGGAUACUAUAAAUGUUGAAUCUUAGUAGCUAAAUCGUGGCCAUAAUAGCCACUGAAAAAUAGUUUUAAACCGUGGCUAAUAGUGCCACGUCUAAUAAGUGGCAAUAUCGUGGCUAUUAUAGCCACUAGCAAUAGCCACGUCUGAAUAUUAUAUCGUGGCUAUAAUAGCCACUAGCAAUAGCAACGUCUUAAUAUUAUAUCGUGGCUAAUAUUGCCACGAAAAUGCGCGUGGUAAUUACAUGGCUAGUAGCCACGAAAAGCCACGCUUAUUUCUAGCCACGAGGCUAUAGCCACGCUACUUUUCGGACAUCUAAGCGUGGCUGAUUUCUUUUAUAGCCACGAUAAUUUGCUCUAUAGCCACGACUUUGUAGUGGCUAUGCGUUGGAUUUUUACUAGUGAUAUAUUUUAUAUAAGAUUUUUGUCAUUUGCAAAAUUAACACGAUUAUAUUUCGAGUAAAUAUUGCUCUGAGAAACUCAAACUUAUUUCAGAUACAAUAGUCCAUACAUAUAUACAUAAGAAGACUUCAGGCAAAGUGUAUGCACAUCGAGGAGAUUUUCCUUGAAGUAUACAUGACAAAUUUAUAAUAUGUAUUACCUAUCACAUUGCUGAAUUGCAAAUCACAUUAUUAUUUAUCAUAUAUAAUAUAUCUAUACAUUUCUUUUUGAAACAGAUAUAUCUAUAAAUUAGUAAGAUUCUAUAUAUGCUUAGAUCCUUUUGACUAAUACAAUUUACUUGCAGGUAUCCUGAUGAUGUCUACGAUCGUGUUUGGUUUCCAUUUUUUCACUCCGGAUAUAAGCAAAUAACGACCAAUGAUCUCAAUAUAAGCAACACAGACACAUAUAAGGUACCAAAAACUGCACUCGUGAGUGCUGCGACGCCUAAAAACGCCAGUGAACCACUGCUCAUCACCUGGACACCUAGGCCCUCUAAUGCUGAAGUGUACUUGUACAUGCACUUUGCGGAGAUUGAAGCCCUCGAAGCCAAUCAGACGAGGGAGUUCAACAUUAUCUUAAAAGGAAACUUUAAUCAUUCAGGUUUCAGUCCACCCAAGUUAGAGCUACGUACAUUAUACACUGCUGCACCAGUGCAAUGUGAUUCAGAAGGUUGCAACUUACAGCUAGUAAAAACUCCGAAUUCAACUCUUCCACCUCUGAUUAACGCUAUUGAGGUUUACACUGUUAUUGAAUUCCCACAAGUGGAAACAAGCCAAAAUGAUGGUAUCUCUCGCGUUAAUAUUCAAUUAUUACAACAAAUUAGCUUAUAUUGUUUCAUAUGAUAUGAUUCUAACUUUCUCCAACAUUUAUAUUAGUUGCCGCUAUCAAGAACAUCCAAGCUACUUAUCAACUACGUGAAAUCAGUUGGCAAGGAGAUCCAUGUCUCCCUCGAGAUUUUUCCUGGGAAAAUCUUGGAUGCAAUUACACAGAUGCAUCUACUCAACCAAGAAUCACUUCUUUGUAAGACAUUCACAAACAUAGUCUCUAAUUUAAAACUAAUGUAUCUAAAGAUAAUGUUUUUGUUUUGGUGCUUGUAUAAUCAGAGAUUUGUCGAAAAGUAGAUUAACUGGGAGCAUUACCCCAAUUUUACAGAAUCUGACGCAAUUACAAGAACUGUAAGUAUCUCACUGAUUCAUUUAAUCAAGUAUUAUAUUUUCUGAGCACAUAUGUAAGCCAAUUUUUGUGUAUUCUGCAUGCAUCGGCAGUGACUUAUCAAAUAAUAGCUUGAGUGGACCAAUACCUACCUUCCUUGCCAACAUGAAAUCGUUAUCCUUACUGUAAGCUCUCUAGAAAGCAGAAUCCAUAUUUUGACCAUGAAUUUGCUUUUGUGCGUAUAUAUACAUACAAUGGUCAUCUUUGUCUCAACAGAAACUUAAUCGGGAACAAUCUCACCGGUUCAGUUCCUCAAGCACUUCUCGAUAGAAAAAAAGGACUUGUGUUAAAAGUAAGAUUACUAUAUAUAUAUUAUUAAAACUAAAUUACAUUUUCGUACUGUUUGAAAACAUGGAUAACAGUGUAAAGGAGAAUUGUUUGGAAACAUACGUAGCAGUAUAAAAAAGAAGUAUGUUGUCCUUUUAAUAAUUUCAUUAAUUGUCUUUUCAUAUUUUGCUCGGUUUAACAAUUUCAUUAAUUAUAUUACUUUAACAAUACAUCACAUCAUUAAUUAUAUUAUCAAAAUAAUAAUAAUAAU